GGAAGUUCUUGCUCCGACGUUCGCGGUUAGUGUCCGCACUUCCAGCAGGGCACCGCGAGCCCCGAGGUGGCGGCCUCCCAGAGCCGGACAGUGAGUGCGGCGUGGGGCCCGAGCCAGGUGGCGGCCUCCUCUUCCCCUCGUGCGGCUCUCCGGUGCCGCCGCGCGCGCGUCGCUAAAGGGGCGGGCCGGGUCGGGACGGCGGGCGCCAGGCCCUGGAGGCGGCCUGUGCGCGGACCUACGGCACCGCGGCAGAUUUGGGGUCGUGCAGCUUCCGCUCCCCGCCCUACCCCGGCCUCUCCGCGUGAGUACCCUGGAACUUCAAGCCAGUUCCUUCGGACAGUUGCCCAGCAGGCCAUAGCUCUGGUGAUGGGAAUUUUUGUCUUUCAGCUUAUGUGCAAAUGAAGGGGAGUCCCUAGUUCAACAGACUGUUUAAGGAAGAGGAGUGCUUUGUACCUGCAGUAUUUAUUACCUUGGGAUAACCGGAUCAGAAGAUGAACCCAACUAACCCUUUCGGCGGGCAGCAGCCUAGUGCUUUCCCACCAUCUUCCAAUAAUAGUUCCAUAGGGCCAUUUCCAACCAAGCCGCCAUUUCGAUUUGGUCAGCCUUCUCUUUUUGGACAAAACAACACAUUACCUGGGAAAAGCUCAGGAUUUUCACAGGUAUCCAGCUUUCCAGCAGCUUCUGGAGUAGGUCAUUCUCCUUCAGCACAAACAUUAGGAUUCUCCCACACCUCAAACGUUGGACUCUUUUCUGGGCUUGAACACACUCCGGCCUUUAUAGCUGCCCCUGGACCUUCAAGUUCAUGUGCACCUGGAACCUCAGGAUUUAGUUUUAAGUCACCCAACCUUGGGGCUUUCCCAGGUACGUCUGCUUUUGGACCAGAAACUGGAGAAGUCGCAAGCUCUGGUUUUGGGAAAACAGAAUUCAGCUUUAAACCUCUGGAAAAUUCAGUGUUCAGACCAAUACUGGGGGCUGAAUCUGAGCCAGAGAAAACUCAGAGCCAAAUUACUUCUGGAUUUUUCACAUUUUCCCACCCCAUUAGUAGUGGACCUGGGGGACUGGCCCCAUUUCCUUUUACUCAGGUGACAAGUGGUUCAGCUACCAAUUCAAAUUUUACCUUUUCAAAAUCAGCUGAUAGUAACUCAUCAUCGCCCUUUACCCCUGCUCUGUCAAACCAAAAUGUGGAGGAAGAGAAGCGAGGCCCCAAAUCACUGUUUGGAAGUCUUAAUAGUAGCUUCACUAGCUUCCCCAUAUCUUCUUCAGGAUCUCUGGGGGAACCCUUCCCAGUUAGCAAAACGGGUGUCCGACAAGGCUGUGAGGAAGCGGUUUCCCCGGUGGAGCCGGUGCCCAGCCUCAUGAAAGGACUGAAAAGAAAGGAGGACCAGGACCGCUCCCCGAGGAGACACGGCCACGAUGCUGCCGAAGACUCGGACCCUCUGUCGCGGGGUGAUCAUCCUCCCGAUAAACGGCCCGUCCGCCUGAAUCGACCCCGGGGAGGCACUCUGUUUGGGCGGACAAUACAGGAUGUCUUUAAAAGCAAUAAAGAAGUUGGUCGUCUGGGCAACAAGGAAUCUAGAAAGGAAAUCGGCUGUGCCGAGUCUGGAGAAAAUGACCACAUGGCCAUCCCAGGAGGGAGUCAGUCUGUUCUGGCACCUUCCCGGCUUCCAGUUGUGAAUAAAGAGGAAGAAACUGAAAGUAGAGAUAAAAAAGAAGAUUUUCUAAGAGGAAUUCCUGGGCGUCAGAGUAAAAGAAGUGAGAGCACAGACAGUCUUGGGGGCUUCCCUCCUGCUGAAAUCACGGCGAUCCAGUGCAAGAACAUUCCCGACUAUCUCAACAACAGAGUCACUCUGGAGAACCACUUCGGCAAAAUCGCUAAAGUGCAGCGCAUCUAUACGAGACGCAACAAAAAGCUUGCUGUGGUGUAUUUUUUUGAUCAUGCAUCUGCAGCCCUAGCCCGGAAGAAGGGAAAAGGUUUGCACGAGGACGUGGCUAUCUUUUGGCACAAGAAGAAAAUAAGUCCCAACAAGAAGCCCUUUACCCUCAAGGAGAAGAAACCAGGCGAAGGUGACGCUGGCCAGGGCACGGAGGACACGUCCUUUCAGCACUCCCCUCUUGGCAAGCCGCUGGGGAGGGCUGCCGCCGGCAGCCUCGUGACCAAAAGCUCCCCCGUGAAGAAACCCGGCCUCCUGAAGGCCCACCCGCUGGAGGGGGACCCUUUCGACUCGGGCUCCGAGGUGUCGGAGGGCCCUGGGCCGUGUGUGUCCUCACUCAGUGCCCUGAUAGGCACAGUGGCUGAGACAUCUGAGGAGAAGUUCCGCCUGCUGGACCAGAGGGACAGAGUCAUGCGGCAAGCUCGAGUGAAAAGAACCGACCUGGACAAAGCGAGGACUUUCGUUGGGACAUGCCCAGACAUGUGUCCGGAGAAGGAGCGCUACAUGCGGGAAACGCGGAGCCAGCUGAGCGUAUUUGAAGUGAUCCCAGGCACCGACCAGGUGGACCAUGCAGCGGCCGUGAAGGAGUACAGCCGCUCGUCAGCCGACCAGGAGGAGCCGCUGCCACACGAGCUGCGGCCCUUGACGGUGCUGAGCCGGACCAUGGACUACCUGGUGACCCGCGUCAUGGACCGGACGGACGGCAGCCUGCGGGACUGGUACGACUUCCUGUGGAACCGCACGCGGGGCAUACGGAAGGACAUCACGCAGCAGCACCUGUGCGACCCCACGACCGUGUCCCUGAUCGAGAAGUGUGCCCGGCUGCACAUCCACUGCGCUCACUUCAUGUGUGAGGAGCCCAUGUCGUCCUUCGACGCCAAGAUCAACAACGAGAACAUGACCAAGUGCUUGCAGAGCCUGAAGGAGAUGUACCAGGACCUGCGGGGCCGGGGCGUGUCCUGCGCCAGCGAGGCCGAGUUCCAGGGCUACAACGUGCUGCUCAACCUCAACAAGGGGGAUAUCCUCAGAGAAGUACAGCAGUUCCAUCCUGCUGUUAGAAAUUCCUCAGAGGUGAAAUUUGCUGUUCAGGCGUUUGCUGCGUUGAACAGUAAUAAUUUUGUGAGGUUUUUCAAGUUGGUCCAGUCGGCUUCUUACCUGAAUGCUUGCCUGUUACAUGGCUACUUUAACCAGAUCCGCAAGGAUGCCCUGCGGGCGCUGAACGUGGCAUACACUGUGAGUACACAGCGCGCCACCGCGUUUCCGCUGGACGGCGUGGUGCGGAUGCUGCUGUUCCGAGACUGCGAGGAGGCCACGGACUUCCUCAGCGACCACGGCCUCGCCGUCGCCGACGGCUGUGUUGAGCUGAACCGGUCCUCGUUUCUGGAACCAGAGGGGCUCUUCAAGGCCAGGAAGUCGGGGUUUGUUACCAGGAAGCUGAUGGUGUCUGUUGGGGAAAUUGUGAAUGGAGGGCCGUUGCCCCCCGUCCCUCGCCAUACCCCUGUGUGCAGCUUCAACUCCCAGAACAAGUACGUCAGGGAGAGCCUGGCCACAGAGCUGCCCGUGGGCACCCAGCGACCCGGCGUGGACGCCGCAGGUGCAGGCAGGGGAGAGGAGUGUGGGGCAGAGGUGGACGCACCCCCACCUGCCCUCCCGCAACCUCUGCCUGUGCCCGCCCCGGCACCAGCACCGACCCUGACCCCGAGCGUGACGCCCAGCCUCUUCCUGGCCUCCGUGCAGCCCUCCGUGACCCCAGAGCUUCCUGCCAAGCCUGUGCCCAUGUACUCAGAUGCGGACCUGGCGCAGGUGGUGGACGAGCUCAUCCAGGAGGUUCUUCAGAGGGACUGCGAGGAGCUCUGUGCCGCAGGGGCGGCCUUCGCGGCCACUGCCCUGGGUGUCUCCAGUGCCACAAUGGAGGAGCUGCUGACAGCUGCAACCUCGGGCAUUUUGAGGCACAUUGCAGCUGAAGAAGUGACUGAGGAGAGGGAGCGAAAGGAGGAGGAGAGGCGUCAGGCUGAAGAGAAGAGGUUGAAACAAGAAAGAGAACUGGUGUUAACUCAGCUGAGCCAGGGCCUGGCUAUAGAGCUGACGGAACUGGUGGUGGCGGAAGGUGUGAGGGAAACCUGCUCCCAGGAGUUCAAGAGUGCCGUGGAGACAGACCAGAGGGUCCGCCUGGCCCGUUGUUCUGAGGACGUCUGUGCCCAGCUGGUGGACUUGUUUCUCGGGGAAGAGAUUUUCCAGACGGCCAGGGAGACCCUCCAGGAGCUGCAGUGCUAUUGCAGCUGCCUCCAGCGGUGGAAGGCGGCCGUCACCGCCCGCAAGAAGCUGAGGCGGCAGAUGCGGACCUUCCCUGCGGCGCCCUGUUGUGUGGAUGUGACCGGUCAACUGAGGGCACUGGCGCCCAGCGCAGAGUGUCCCAUUGCUGAGGGGAACCUGGCCAGGAACCUCCUGAACCUGGGCCACGCGGGGAAAGUGGGCAUCUCCUGCACCAGGCUACGGUGGCUCAGGAGCCGGACAGCACACCAGAUGAAGGUCCAGCACUUCCACCGGCAGCUGCUGAGUGACGCGGCAUGGGCGCCCCUGGACCUGCCACACAUCGUGGCUGAGCACCUCCCUGGAGGGCAGGAGCAUGUGUUCUGGAAGCUGGUGCUGCUGUUGCCCAGUGAGGACGACUACGGAGAAGAGCUGUCCCCAGGGAGUCCUGGCAGAAUUCUAGCAAACUGGUUGAAGGUCAAGUUCAUGGGAGGUGAAGGCUUUGAUGACACGUGCGGUGGUGCUGGUGGGAUUCAGACCCUCGGGCUGUUCAACGCGCUCAGCAGCAAAGGGAACCAGACCAUUUCUUUCAACGUGUGUGUCAAAGUGGCCCACGGUGCUCUCAGCGAUGCGGGCCUGGAUGCCGUGGAGACGCAGAAGGAGCUCCUGGGCGCCAGUGGGCUCAUGCUGCUGCUGGCCCCCCGAGCGAGGAGCAAGGACAUGGCGGAGGACACGUACUGGCUGUCGGCGCUGCUGCAGCUCAAGCAGCUCCUGCAGGCCAAGCCCCUGUGGCCUGCGCUGCCGCUUGCGGUUCUCACGCCCGGCCUGGGCGGGGUUGCCGUGCAGAAGGAAGUGGAGGACGGUCUGAUGCUCCAGGACUUGGUUUCAGCCAAGCUGAUUUCAGAUUAUACUAUCGUGCAGAUUCCUGACUUCGUUAACGACUUACAAGGCACAGACAAGGUUUCGCAGGCCGUGCAGUGGCUGGUCUCCCGCUGCCCCUGUACCCCUGACCUUUGCUGCCAGACCAUCAUCCAGUACGUGGAAGAUGGGGUCGCCCGUGAGUUUAGUGGCCGGUUCUUCCGUGACCGAAGAGAGAGGCGGCUGGGGGGCCUGGCCUCGCAGGAGCCCGGUGCCAUCAUCGAGCUAUUCAACAGUGUGCUGCACUUCCUGGCCUCUGUGGUGUCCUCCGAGCAGCUCUGCGACCUGUCCUGGCCCGUCACCGAGUUUGCUGAGGCAGGGGGCAGCGGGCUGCUUCCUCACCUGCACUGGAACGCCCCAGAGCACCUGGCCUGGCUGAAGCAGGCUGUGCUGGGCUUCCAGCUCCCACAGAUGGACCUGCCGCCUGCGGGGGCUCCCUGGCUUCCCGUGUGCUCCAUGGUCACCCAGUACGCCUCCCAGAUCCCCAGCUGCCGCCAGACGCAACCCAUCCUCCACUGCGAGGUGCAGAAUCUGCUCGGAAAAGCCUACAGCAGGUGGAAGAGCAAGAGCCCUUUCCCGGGCCAGGGGGCAGGGCCCUCGGUUGCUGAGAUUCCAUGGGACGACAUCAUUGCCUUGUGCGUCCACCACAAGCUGAGGGACUGGACACCCCCCAGGCUCCCCAUCACGUCAGAGGCACUGAGUAAAGAUGGCCAGAUAUGUGUAUAUUUUUUUAAAAAACAUUUGAAAAACUACGAUGUUCCUUUGUCGUGGGAACAAGCCAGAAUGCAGACGCAGAAGGAGCUCCAGCUGAGUCAGGAGUGCUUGGGGAUGAAGCCUUCGCAUCCUGCUGGCAAGUUUUCCACUCCGUCAUCGCUUCACGGGCACCACAGAGGGAAGAGGAGUGGGGAGCGAGGCCCAGAGGGGCAGGGGCCCAGCACGGAACAGCUGAUGUGCGGGGCCUCUGCCCAGGAGCUCCUGGCCCAGCGUCUGUCCAGCCGUCUGCUGCUGGAGCGAGAGGACAGCAAGAGGUUUGACCGUCAGCUUCAGCAGUGCUUGUCUGAAGACACGAGUGUGCGUGCAGAUGCACCUUCCCUCCCCCUCUACCUUCCUCAGACCCUGCUGUCCAUCAUGCCCCAGACUCUCACACCUGUGCGGAAGACCGCUGCAGCUCCCAUCCUGCAGAAUGAAAGGAGAAGGGACCAAGUGCAGUUGUCAGAGGCAACAGGCACAUCUCUGAGUGAACGACUGCGGCACCUGGAAAGGCUGAUCCAGACGUCCAGGGAAGAGGAGGUGGCCUCUGAGCUCCAUCUCUCAGUGCUGCUGGACAUGGUAGACCUCUGAGCUGCGGGCCCGACGGGACUGUUAUUCCGGACGCUUGGUGCACUGUUGGCAAUGUGACUACUAGUCAUGUAAAUAACCAUUUCACUGUCUAACGGUCUGGCUGGCUUUGAGUGUCUGCUUUCAUGAUCUCCUCAGAAGCUCUGAGGAAGUUUGCAGCUUACAUUGCUGUGGGUAACAAGCUGUCAUUCGUUGUCCUGGCGAGGCUGCAGUCCCCGAUGUGCCAGAGAUCUGUACUGUAGGGAUGUCUGAGGCCCAGGGGCCCUGCCCAGCAGGCCCAGCCAGCUCACACGUGGGAGCCCACACUAAUCUAAGCACAGCUCUGCGAGUGGGCGCGUCUAUGCCCAGACUGGAAGUGGAGGACGAGGGCACAGGGUGGGGUGAGAGCACAACUCCUGGAGAGGAGUGAGAGCGGGGUUGAGGAGUGAGAGCGGGGUUGAGGGGUGAGGGAGAGUACCUGAGGACGUGAUGAAAUCCCCCAGGUACCAAGUGAGGAGACAGGCCUUCCUGGGACACCCUGAAUGCUGUGGGAAUCGGCUGUCAGGGGAUAUUAGGUAGAGAAGUUGAGUUGGUCACAUUUUCUUUUAAAAAUGGCGUAUGGGGAAGGCCAGCGAUGCAAGGCAGGGAUCAUAAAGCGGGUGCUACAACCGUCCAGGUGAAGAGGGAGGGGACAGUCCCGAAUUUGCUAAAGCCACAUACAGAAAGAGGUGCUCAGACGUGGGGGUGCUGAGUAUGACCGUCAGUAUCAGGUUGGCGCUCAGCACCUCCCUGCUGUAACCCUCCGUCCCCUAGUCUGCAAGAAGACUGUUUCAUGCCUCCUCGUUCUCUUCAGACCUCCAACAGGAACAGAACUUCCUCACCCGCCCACAUCCCCACCAAAUCCACCAGCCAGUCCUCCCAGAACAAACACCUUCAACUCUUCUCUGGUUUUCUUCAGUGAUCAACUCUUUGCUUAUCAAUAAAGACUUUCAAACAGUG